AUGCUUAGAACAAGUGUUAGACAGUUUUCUGUUUCUGCUAGAAAUGCAAGUUCUUUAAAAACCUUAACCAUUGGGCUAAUUCCAGGUGAUGGUAUUGGUAAAGAAGUUAUUCCAGCAGGUAAACAAGUCUUGCAGAAUUUAAAUAAAAAGCAUGGGUUAGCAUUCGAAUUUAUUGAUCUACAAGCUGGUUAUCAAACAUUCUUAGAUACAGGUGCUGCUUUACCAAGAGAUACUGUAGAUAUUUUGAAGAACAAAUGUCAAGGUGCAUUGUUUGGGGCUGUCCAAUCUCCAACUACUAAAGUUGAGGGAUAUUCUUCUCCAAUCGUCCAAUUAAGAAAAGAAUUGGGUUUAUUUGCUAACGUUCGUCCCGUUAAAACUGUGGAAGGAACAGAUGCCAAACCAAUUGAUUUGGUAAUUGUCAGAGAAAAUACAGAAGAUCUCUAUAUCAAAAUUGAGAAAACAUAUACAGACCCAAAAGAUGGCUCUAGAAUAGCUGAAGCCACCAAAAGAAUUACAGAAACAGCUACAAAAAGAAUUGCCAAGACUGCUUUAGAUAUUGCUUUACAAAGAUUGAAAACCAAAGGGUCAGCCACGUUGACUGUAACUCAUAAAUCAAACGUUUUAUCCCAAAGUGAUGGUUUAUUCAGAGAAGUCUGCAAAGAAGUCUAUGAAUCAAAUAAAAGUUUAUAUUCAGGGGUUGCAUACAAUGAACAGAUUGUGGAUUCUAUGGUGUAUAGAUUAUUUAGGGAACCAGAAUGUUUCGAUGUUAUAGUAGCCCCAAAUUUAUACGGUGAUAUCUUAUCCGAUGGUGCUGCUGCUUUAGUUGGUUCUUUAGGUUUGGUUCCUAGUGCUAACGUUGGUCCAAAUAUUGUCAUCGGUGAGCCUUGCCAUGGAUCAGCUCCUGAUAUUGCUGGUAAAGGUAUUGCUAAUCCUAUUGCUACAAUUAGAUCUACAGCUCAAAUGCUGGAAUACUUGGGCUAUUCAAACCCUGCCCAAGAUAUUUAUAAGGCGGUAGACGCAAAUAUUAGAGAUAACAAGAUCAAGACUGCCGAUCUAGGGGGUGAUUCAACAACUCAGCAAGUUAUUGAUGAUAUUUUGGGAAAAUUAUAG